GUAAACUGUAGCCGAGGCCUUCAGUACUACUAGGUAUUUUUUACUCUUGCCUUAAUUGGUGAGUGAAAUACUGCUGGAAUGCAUCAGAAACUCCUGAAGAGUGCUCAUUACAUUGAGCUUGGAAGUUACCAGUACUGGCCGGUUUUGGUCCCUCGGGGAAUUCGCUUAUACACCUACGAGCAGAUUCCAGUGUUCCUUAAGGACAAUCCGUACAUCACAGAUGGCUACAGAGCGUACCUACCUUCCAGGCUAUGUUUGAAAAGCCUAUUCAUUUUAUCCAAUGAAACAGUUAACAUCUGGAGUCACUUACUGGGCUUCUUCCUCUUCUUCAUUUUGGGCAUAUAUGACAUGACUUCUGUGUUGCCUUCAGCGAGUGCCUCUAGAGAAGAUUUUGUUAUUUGUUCUAUUUGUCUGUUCUGCUUUCAAGUCUGUAUGCUUUGCUCAGUAGGGUAUCACCUCUUCUGUUGUCAUCGCUCAGAGAAGACCGGUCGACGGUGGAUGGCACUGGAUUAUGCAGGAAUUUCCAUUGGUAUCCUGGGCUGUUAUGUAUCUGGAGUCUUUUACGCAUUUUAUUGCAAUAAUUAUUGGCGUCAAGUAUACUUGAUCACUGUCCUUGCUAUGAUCUUGGCAGUAUUCUUUGCCCAGAUCCACCCCAGUUACCUCACUCAGCAGUGGCACAGGCUACGCUCAGUCAUCUUUUGCUCUGUGUCAGGUUACGGAAUCAUUCCUACCAUCCACUGGGUUUGGCUCAACGGAGGUGUUGGUGCGUCUAUUGUGCAGGAAUUUGCUCCCCGUGUGAUUGUGAUGUACUUGAUCGCUGCCAUAGCAUUUCUCUUUUAUAUUUCUAAAGUCCCAGAAAGAUAUUUCCCAGGGCAGUUAAACUACCUCGGCUCGAGCCACCAAGUAUGGCACAUCCUUGCAGUAGUGAUGCUGUACUGGUGGCAUCAGUCUACCGUCUACAUCAUGCAGUAUAGACACAGCAAACCUUGCCCUGACCAUAGUGCACAUUAGCAUGCAAAGGUAUGGCAGUUUCCUGUGCAGGAGGAGAUAAAGAUGGACUGGGUUGUGAUGGGGAAGGAGUUUCGCCUUUUUGUUGCCACAGUUAAAAAGACAAUGGUUGCCCAGAAAUCAUAAAGGGUCUCCAGCUGGCUAUUCAGGAAGGGGGGUCCUUUUGGGGGUAAACUGGCCUGCAGUAACAAAUGCCCAGGAGCUCUUAGGUCACCAGCUGGAAAGGAGACAGAGUGCUGCAUGCUUCCCUUUUCACUUCUGCUUCUGCUGCUCCGUUCAUAGAAAGCUGCUUUAUACAGAGUCAGACCAUUGGGCUGCCUAAGCUUGGUAUUGUCUGCCCUAACUGGC